AUGCACGGCUCCUGUAAUGGACUCAUAUGCUUGUCUAAUGAAUGGACAGACACCAUAUACUUAUGGAACCCAUCACUUGGAAAACUAAAGACCCUCCCAAAUUCUCCAGAUAUAGAAUCUCGAAUUAUCUACUCCGAUUUGGAUUCUUAUAGCAUCUGUCUGGCAUUUGGGUUCCACCCCAAAGUUAAUGCCUACAGGGUUGUGAAAAUUUGGUGCUUGGUGUAUAAGAUUAUUAAACCCUACAAAUAUCAAUUGCUAAUUGACGUUUAUAGUCUAAGCACUGACUCUUGGAGAAGAAUUGAUGUUGCCCCUUCAUGUUAUUUAUUUAAUCAGAAUCCUGCGAUUGUCAAUGGGGUUGCUUAUUGGGUUGCAAUAAAGGAAACUUGGGAGGGUAGUUGUUAUUUGCUGCUUGUGCGUUUCGAAAUGGGUGAUGAAGUUUUUGAAGAGGUAAUGCUGCUAGAUGGUGUUAAAAAUUGUUGUCCGAAAAUAGCAAUUUUGGGGGAACGGGAAUCACUGUAUCUUUUCAUAUUUUAUCAUCUGGAUAAGUGUUGGGACAUAUGGACAAUGGAGUGUGGCAAAACGAGUUGUUGGACAAAACGAUUUACUGGUAAUUUUCAUGACACACCUGCCAAGCUGCUAGGCUUGAGAAAGAGGGGUGAACUGUUACUACAAAACCACGAGGGCCAUAUGCUGUCUUGUAAUAUUGAGACCUAA